CAUUCACAUUCGAUUUUUGAUGUUUACACUGUUUCUGCUACGAUGUGGAGUCGCAAUCAAAAUUAAAUUAACAUUAUUAGUUGCGCCCUGCCAACUUCCACUCGACUUUUUUGUUUCUUCGUCGUGGUCUCGUCGUCGUACCUCGUGCGUUCGUAUUAUUAACCAUCCGGGUCCCGGUUAUUGUCUUCGUGCUGUGAUUGAAUUGUCUUCGAUAUAUUUUCUUUUUAUUUCUGACAUUUCGUUUAUAUUUUUAUUUUGUUUUGUUUUCUUGAACGGUCUGAACCGUUUCGAUAGAAGAUGAUGUUAAGAAAUGGAUUAAAGACUUACCAGUCGAGGGUUUAUCAAAAGCUGUCAAGGACUUAUAAAACAAGUGGAAUACCAGAACUAACACAGGAACGCCAUAAUGUUAAACGUGGAAACUACGCAGUCUUAACGGACAAAGAUGUUGGAUUUUUUGAAUCUGUAGUUGGAUCUAAUCACACUAUCAAAGAGAAGGAUGAACUUCAAUCAUACAACGUGGAUUUUUUAAGGAGUGUACGAGGUAACAGCCAGUUAGUCCUUAAACCUGGUUCUGUCGAUGAGGUUUCAACCAUUCUCAAGUAUUGCAAUGACAAUAAAAUUGCAGUCUGUCCACAAGGAGGAAAUACCGGUUUAGUUGGGGGUUCAGUUCCAGUUUGUGAUGAAAUUGUGCUUUCUUUACAACGUUUGAAUAAAGUCCUAAGUAUUGAUGAAGUCACUGGCAUUGCUGUCUGUGAGUCUGGUUGCAUUUUGGACAAUCUCGAGCAGCAAGCCAAAGAAGUUGGCCUAGUGGUGCCAAUCGAUUUGGGAGCGAAGCAAAGUUGUCAUGUUGGUGGUAAUUUAUCAACGAAUGCAGGUGGUCUUCGGGUUUUGAGAUAUGGAAAUCUUCAUGGGUCAUGUUUGGGUGUUGAAGCUGUACUUGCAAAUGGAGAGGUAUUAGAUCUUAUGUCUGGCUUUAAGAAAGACAACACUGGAUAUCAUCUUAAGCAUCUGUUUAUCGGUUCGGAAGGUACAUUGGGUAUAAUAACAAAGCUAGCUCUUCUUUGUCCACCAGCCCCAAAAGCUGUACACGUUGCAUUUUUAGGAAUCUCAUCAUUUGACGAUGUUCUAAAAACGUUUGUAUCAGCUAAAAGGCAUUUGGGUGAAAUACUUUCAUCUUGCGAGAUGUUAGAUGCAAACUCUUUAGCAGCAAGCUUGGAACAUUUUGAUACAAAAUCACCUGUAGAUGGCUAUCCAUUUUAUAUGUUGAUUGAAACUUCGGGCAGUAACGAAGCUCAUGAUGCUGAAAAAUUCAAUACAUUUCUGGAAAUUGGCAUGGAAAGUGGUGAGAUCUGUGAUGGAACAAUCACAAGUGAUCCUGGUAAAGUCAAAGAAAUCUGGAGUCUUCGGGAACGAGUUCCAUUGGCUCUGAUCAAUGAUGGAUAUUGCUUUAAAUAUGACAUUUCCUUGCCACUUCGUCGAUUUUAUGAAAUUGUAGAAGUCUUAGAGAAAAGAGUUGGAAAAAUGUCGCUUCGAGUUUGUGGUUAUGGGCAUUUGGGCGAUUCCAACCUUCACCUGAAUGUUUCAUGCAAGGAAUAUAGUAAUGAGCUCUAUAAGGCGAUUGAACCUUUUGUAUUUGAAUACACAUCACAGUUGAAAGGAAGUGUGAGUGCUGAACACGGUAUUGGAUUUUUAAAAACGAAAUAUUUGGGAUUUUCAAAACCGCAAAAUGCUAUAAAUAUGAUGAAGAGCAUUAAACAACUCUUGGACCCUAAUGGAAUACUAAACCCAUACAAAGUCUUACAAUAACAAAAACUAAAACGAGGAAAAAUUGAAUAGGAUUUUUUUAAAAUUGUAAAUAAAUUAGACAAUAAAUAUGUGAUUAAUAUUA